AUGUCGUCCAUUGCAAGACGUUUCACACGUAGGGGCACCACCCGUACGAACGGCAUCCCAGACAAUGCAGACAAUGCUUCCGAAACUGACUCCCCGCCGUCCGAGUCAGAGCAAGAUAGCGCUACCGUCCCUAUCAAUCAGACGGAAUAUGCUCAAAGAUGCAGAGAGGUCAUGGAGCUGUAUCGCGCUCUUCAGGAGCUAGGUGCGGAUGGGCUAUUCCCAACUCUACCAAAGAUCAUAGUCAUUGGGGGUCAAUCUACCGGAAAGAGCUCGCUUGUCGAAGCUGUCUCUGGGAUUAAUGUACCUCGGGACAGCGGCACUUGUACCAGGUGUCCGAUGGAAUGCAUAAUGCUCAGUUCAUCGCUAACCUGGUCGUGCACGAUCUACCUCAACUUCAAGUACGCGUCAGAUGGGAGCAAACUCGACAUCUCGGACGGAGUGCAGUUUGGGCCUGUCAUCACGGACAGGGAUACGGUCGAACUCUGGAUCCGACGUGCCCAGGCUGCCAUACUCUGCCAUCACCGUCCCAAGGAGGAUUUCAUGAGCAUGAGCACGGUGGAUCUUCGUAAUCUUGCUACGACCGACUCGCAGAUUCUACCAUUCUCGAGGAAUUUUGUCCAGGUAGAGUUGAGAGAUCCGGACUUGACAGAUUUGUCUUUCGUUGAUCUGCCAGGCAUUAUACACAAUGCUGAUGAAGACAUUAUCGAGCUCGUUCGUAGCUUGGUGGUUUCCUACAUCGAAGAAUCGGAGAACACGAUCGUUCUCAUAACUAUUCCGAUGAGUGAUGACAUUGAGAUGCAAGCUGCGGUGAAACUUGCAAAGUCUAAGGAUCCUGCUGGGGACCGCACAAUCGGAGUGUUGACCAAGCCGGAUAUGCUCACAAUGGGCGCCUCUGGCGCACGGGAAAAAUGGAGAGAGAUUAUUCUUGGACAAGAUCAGAGGCACAAGCUCAAACAUGGCUACUACUGUGUUCGACUCCCGGACGAUGAUGAGCGUAGGCGCAAUAUAUCUAGAGACGAAUCCCAAGCGGCCGCCCAACAGUUUUUUGAGCGCACCUCUCCUUGGAGAGAAUUUUCUGAUCGCAGUCGUUUCGGUAUACAGGCACUUGUGCGUGAUAUCAACCGACUUUUGGUUGUGCUUAUUGAGAACUAUAUACCGACCCUCAAGGAAAGCGUCAACCGUCUCCUCACUAGUGACAGAGCGGAAUACAGCACCCUUCCUCCACCACCGCCUACCGAUGACGCGUGGUCCCGGAUUAAUGUGCUGAUCCAUGAAUUUUCCGUUGACGUCAAAGCGGCCGUUGAAGGAAAGGAUGCACACAAGAAGCUUGUACAACGCAACCGUGCUAGGUAUGAACAGUUCAAGCGCGAUAUCCUUGGGACGUGCCCGAACUUUCGGCCCUUCGAGGAUAAGACUCAGUAUCGGGAUCCAUGUAUUUGGGAUGAAGAGCUCGCGGGCAAGAAGACCAACCCGUACAUUUAUAUGGCUGCAUCCAGGUAUAUAAUGGAUAUCAAAGAUGUGAGGAAAGAGAUCGAUGACUGUACUACAUGGGAACUUCCUGGCGAUGUUCCUUUGGAAACGACACACAAACUCAUUCAGCGCUUCACGAAGGAGUGGUCCAAUCCAUCCAUGGAGUGUUUCGACGCUUUCAAGCCUCUGGAAAUGCACAUUCGUGCACUUGUGCGCUCACAGAUGGAGAUUUACAAGAGCGAGGCACUCGUUAUGCUCCGCAAGGCUGUUAAACUGGAGACACCACCCGAGUUUACUCAAGUACUGCAUUACUCUAUGGAGCGCUCUAAGUGGCUUGAGCGGUUUCAUAAGGUGUAUAGAACAUCUAGCACCUAUGCUAUACGUCAACCACUGAGCGCUAUUGAUUCCGGCCUGAGGCCCUCUCUAGUCAGCAUGGAGUCGUAUGCAGUCCCAGCUCGGGAGUCAUAUGCAGCCCCAGCCCGAGAGGCGUAUGAAGUUCCAGUCCGAGAGACGACAGAAGACGAAGACGCACUGCUGGUGAUGGCCAAGGUUCGGGCGUACUUUGAGAUGGCUUAUAAACGCUUCAUUGACAACAUUCCGCUCACUAUUGAGCGUGAGCUACAUCAGACUCUUUCAAGUCGUUUGUAUCAGAGUCUUAUUAGGGAUAUGGGAGGGUCGGAUGCCCUUGAGAGGGCUAGGGAUCUGCUUAGAGAGGAUCCGGCAAUCGCGUCAAGGAGAAUUAUCUUACAAGACAGAAUUGCAAGGCUGGAGGAGAUUAGGAGCAGGCUUUAUGCUUUUAGGUGA